AUGCAGGAAUUAUACUUUGUAAACGAGAGCAUAUACCUUGAAAGGAAUGCAAUAAAUUUUAGAAACAAUAGGAUGCUAGCAGAUGCAGACAAAAAAUUCGAUUUAAAUAAUUUUUAUGAAUCAACUUUGAGUCGUGCAAAUCAAUUCAGUGACUACAUUGGUAAUGACAAAGAAAUAAAAAAUCUUCGAAAUAUUAUAGAUUCACGUAUAAAGGAGCAUAAAGGAAUUGAUACAUCACCCAAUUUAAAUAAUGUAGAUGAAAAAAAGAAAAAGUUAAUUUAUGAACUUCGAAAAGAAAUAGAAAAAGCACAAAAAGAGUUUGAGAAUGUAAGGAAUAGUGAAUUAGGAAUCCUGCCGAUACAAAAUAAAAGAAUAACAAAAAAGGAUGGAAAUAUUUCUAUAUUAGAAUGUAAAGACUCUAAGAAAUUUGAAAAAGAAGGAAAUUUCUUGGAGGGUAAAGAUGAUAGCUUUGAAGAUGAAUAUAAUGAAAUUAUAUUAAGAAAUAAUUAUAAGGAAUCCAAACAUAACAGAAAGUUUACAAAAAUUUUAAAGAAAAUAUUUAAGAUGCUGGGAAUAGCUACAACAUUUUUGGCGAUAAUAUUAUCAGGAGGGCUCAUAAUUCCGUUUAUACUUUUAAUUACACAGGAUUCAUUUGACGAAUUUAUGAAACGAUGGAUAUUUUAUGAAUCAUACACUAAAAAAUCAAAAAAAUAA